AACCGUAAGAAAGAGAUUAUAACAUUAGUGAUAUUUGAAUAUUAUAAAACCCAGUCUAUUCAACAAGUCAGUUAAUUAUCAUUGACUAUUGAACACUUUCCAAACGAUAGUCAAUCAUUUGGAUAGAACUACUAUCUCUUAAUAUCCCCCAAAUCCUCUACUUUAAAUUAAUACCAUAAACAGGCAGCACAUUGACCAGAAUGUUCCAGGUAGUAUAAACGUAACAUCAUAAACAAUAGCAAAGAGUACACAAACAAACUAACAUACUUCAAAAAAAAAACAUACCUGUUUCUUUCACUAACUGAUUUCAACUUAAUUCUUUAGAUAAAUUUAUUGGUUGCUAAGUCAACGACUAAUUAUAAUCCUAGGUCAUUGGUAGUUUAUAUUUAAUUAUAAUAAUGAUGGUAAUUUCAAAGUGAAUAAAAACAAUACGAAAUUUUAAAAAAAAUGAAAAGGAAAAAGAAAACAACCAAAUAAACACAUAAAAGAGUAAAGCAAGUGUAAUUCUACGUUUCUUUUUCUUUGAAUUCAAUAUUAUUGCAUGAAUAUGAAUUGCCGACAGGAAUAUACACAUAAGCAUGUUAUACCAUUGAUAUCACAGUCUAAUCUAUGGUUUCCAGAUAUUAGUAAACCACAGAGAAGUUCCUUAGCAACACUUAAUCAUCAUCAUAAUAAUAAUAACUAUCAUUAUUAUCAAACAUGCGAUUUUAAUAAAAAAUCACAUAGUCAGUACUUCAAUUCUUCACUUGUAACUACCCAGCAACAAUCUAUUCGAUCGAAGUAUAAAUUAGAUUUAUUCAAUAAUAUUUCAAAGAGAUCAAUGAUUCAAAUAAACAAUAAACAAACACUUCAAUCAAUAAAAAUAAGAAAACAUUUAUACAAUAAUAAAAAUAAUAAUACUGUUGAUUUAAAUGAACAAUACACCAAUUAUCAAUUAUCAGUAGAUGGAAAUAAUAGAAGGGAUACAUUCAGUAGGAUUAACACAAUUCAUUGUGAAAGUAUAUAUAAUAAUCAUGAUAGUGUGAAGAUUAAUAUUGUAUUAAUAUUUUCACAGGCUGAUAAACAAACUCAAUUAAUGAUUGAUGCAGCUCAACAAUUAAAACAUAAUUGUACAUUGAUCAAUACAAUUAAACAGGAUACAACACUAAAGGAUAUAGAUAAGAUUAUUAAUGAAAAGCUUAUUGAUGUACAUCAGAUUAUUGAUAUGGUUGUACUGGAUAUUCGUAAGCUGAAGCCGAACCGGUCUUUCAGUAUGUCUGGUACCAAAUCGUCACAAUCCCCAGAAAUUAAUAUCAGUAACAAUAACAUUAGUUCAUCAUUGAGCAACUGGUGUAAACAACUUAGAAGUUAUUCAUCGACAAAAGAUUCAGUUAUUGUAGGAUUAUUGAGUCGGAAAUGCUCUUCUGAUCAAAGAAAAAUACUCAUGAAUAAAGCUCUAAAAUCUGGUUGUAAUAAGUGUAUUUUUGAAGCAACAACUGUAGAUGAUUUUUGUGAAGAAUUAAAAAAUUUUGCUAAUAAUGAAUGGAAAUUAUUAAAUCAAUUAAGAAAUCUCAUUUGUACUAACAAUAUUACCGCCAAUACAACAACUACUACUACUGCAACCAGUACUAGUAGUAGUAGUAGUAGUACUACCACUACUACUUCUACCAUAAAUAAUAAUGAUAAUAAUACAGUAACAACAAAAGCAAUAAACAGUGUUACUACCUCCAAUAAUAAUAAUAAUGAAUACAUUGUAGAAUCUGAAAACAUUCAAUCAAAUACAGAAUUAAAUGAGAUUUUCCCAAAAGAUGAGUGCAGAUUUCAAAUGAAAUCAGAGACUAGACAGCCGACAAUUAAAGAGUCCGUAGAUAAUGAAAUAGCAUCAACGGAUGAACUGAAAGCCAAUGUUAUUGAUUCAGUCACUGUGCUACAUGAGCAAGGAAAGAAAUUUAGAGAAUUUAUAUCCGUACGAAAAACUAGAAACUCAGAUACAAACAAUAUUGUUAGUUUAAGUGCGUUAUUACAUUCUAGAUGUCCGGAUUUUUCAUCACCAAUGUGUAAAGUAAUUGGAAUUUUGAACUCUGCACGUGUUCGUAGUCCAUUGCCAGUAGCAAAAGAUUUACAAAAAGCUAUUAAUUUAAUAUGUAGUUCAAAUGUAUUUGUUGAUCAAAUAAUGAAACCAUUAAGUCGAACAAAUGAUCCUAUUACAGCAGAUCUAAUUGAAGGUUUGAUUACUGGAUCAAACCUAGCUAGAGAACCAGAGAACUUACUCAAACUUCGAUCUUUGGCUAAAUCUCUUAAAGGAUCCGAAAAUGUUACAACAACACUGUCAACUUUACAAAAUAGUCCAGAAAUUGAAACUUGCCUAUCAAAUUUUGAUAAAUGGGACUUCAACAUAUUUGAUCUUGAACGGUUAACUAGUAAAAAACCUCUGACUUAUUUAGGUAUGAAGAUAUUGGACAGUUUUAAUGCUCUUAGUGUACUACGUGUACCUAGUCAAAUUUUAGUCGGUUGGUUAACAGUAAUUGAAGAACAUUAUCAUGUGGAUAAUCCAUACCAUAAUGUUACACAUGCAGGUGAUGUUCUACAAGCAUCAGCUUACUUUCUACAACAUAGUUUAAUAAGAUCAAUUUGCACAAAUAUCGAUGAAGUUGCUACACUUUUAGCCGCGAUAGUACAUGAUGUAGACCAUCCGGGGAAAACAAAUCCAUUUCUUGUGAAUAGUAAUGAUCCAUUAGCUAUUCUAUACAAUGAUAUUGCUGUAUUAGAAAGUCAUCAUGCGGCUGUUUCAUUUGAAUUAACCCUCCGAUCACCUGACAUCAAUAUUUUUCAGAAUUUGACACGUGAAGAAUAUCGCACAAUACGUAGCUAUAUUGUUGAUAUGGUAUUAUCUACUGAAAUGGUACGACAUUUUGAUAUUGUUACAAAAUUUGUAAACACAUUAAGUAAACCAAUGCUUGCAAAGAAUCGUCACCAUGAUCGUUCAUCUGUCGGUAGUAUGAGUUCUAUGGAAUCAUGUUCUAUGGGAAUGACAAUAUCACAUUCUACUUCACCAAGUCCUGGACAAGAACGUAUAUCUAGUACACUAGAAAACUUAUCAACUGCAGAAAAUAGAACAUUAAUUAAACGUUUAAUUAUUAAAUGUUCCGAUGUUAAUAAUCCUACAAGACCAUUAUCUAUAUGUAAAGAAUGGGCAACAAGAAUAGCUGAAGAAUACUUUUGUCAAACGGAAGAAGAGAAACGACGUAAUUUGCCUAUUGUUAUGCCAAAUUUUGAUCGACAAACUUGUAAUAUUUCUCAAUCACAGUUAUCAUUUAUUGAUUUCUUUUUAAAAGGAAUGUUUUCAGGAUUUGACUGUGUUUUUCCAAUCCCUGAACUAAUGAGUAAUCUAGAAAGUAAUACAGCUUAUUGGGCCAAUAAUAUUGAAAAAGAGAAAAAAACACAUGUAACUUAUCAAACAGAAACAAAAUCAAUAUCUAUUCACCAGGAUUAAACUUUAUUUUAUUUUUUUUUUUGUUUUUGUUUUCGGUUUUAUAUUUAUUUUUCAGUACUUCACAUUUAUUUGUUCCUUUGUUACCAGGUUAGAAAUAAAUUAAUGUAAGCAUAUAAAUAUACAUAUUAGGUCAUACACACAUACAUAGAUAUGCAUGUAUGCAUAUACAUCAAAUCUAUCUAUCUAUCUAUAUCUAUCCUAUCCUAUCCUUCCCUGUCCUAUCCUACUCUAUCCUAUCCUGUCCUGUCCUAUCCUAUCUAUCCAUCAAUCAAUCAAUCUAUGUAUCUAUCACAUUGAUAUAGAAGAAAGAACAAUCUAACAGAAUCAUAUCGGUUGUUUACUCAUCCACUAUUAGUAUUGUUUUGGUUAUUGUUUUUAUUGCAUUCAAUUAUUCGAUACCAACUGAAUACUCAUUCAUUAGUUAAUUCUGUACAAACUAUACACAGGGCACUUGAAAACGAAUAACAAAACAAAACAAUAACAUGGAAAAUAAACAAAACAGUCUAGAAUUGCUGUUGAACAUUCUACUGAGUAUUUUUUUUAUUGAAAAGUGUUCAUUCUUUUUUUCUUUUCUUUUCUUUUUUCUCUUUUUUUUGGUUUUGUAUGAUAAAUAAUUGUUCAGUUGUUAAAUUCUUUGAAAUCAUUCAAUAGAUUCAUCUUCUAAUUCUAGAUCUAUCUUCAUGAUAUUCAUAUUGAUAUUGUCACUUGUCAUUCUAUUCAUCUUUAAUGAUGUUUUUUUUGUUUUCUCUUUUUAAUAAGAUGCCAAAUUAUGUUGAUAGCGAAGUUUUUGGUUGUUGUACAAGUAUGCUUAUAAUUACAUAAUUACUAUCACUACUACCACUACUACCACUGCCGCUACUACUACUACUACUACUACUACUACCACUACUAAUACUAAUACUACCACUGCCGCUACUACUACUACUACUACUACUACUACUACUAUUACUACUACUACUACUACUAAUACUAGUACUACCACUGACGCUACUACUACUACUACUACCACUGCCGCUACUACUACUACUACUAUUACUCUUAUAAGUAGUAGUAUUAUUUCUUAUAUAUAAUUUUGUUUAUUCAAAUAAACCAUUUUAACUCAUUCAUAUUAUUAAACAAUUCAAUAUUAUUCAAUGAAUAUUCUUCAUUUAUAUCUUACGAUUCAUUAUUAAUCAUAGAGAUUAAUAUAAGUAGUAUUUUUUAAAAACUUGAUCAAUAUUUUAUUUCAUUUCAUUGUUUGUUUGUUUGUUUGUUUGUUUUCUACCAAAUAAAACAAUCAAAUUUUACUUUAAUCUUUCUAUUCUAUAUUUCUAAUUGUCUACCUCGUGUAGAAUCAUGUUUGAUUGUGUUAGUAUAUUGAUUUAUGACACUUUUAUUGAUCCAUUACGUGCUUAUUUACGCCUAUUCCUCUCGAUGGAGCAUAGGCUACCGACUAGCAUUCUCCAUAUAUAUAUAUAUGGAUACAAAAUAAUGUUUAUAGAUGGAUAAGUUUAUAUUUCUAUGUCUAUUAUAUGUCUAAAUGUAUUCGUUUAUUUUGUUGGUAACUAUGAUCAUCCUCAAAGAAUUGCUCUUCCAUAAUAGAAAUUUAUUAUUAUUAAUAUUACUGUGUGAAUAGUAAUUAUGAUUGAGAUAUAUUCUCAACUUGUAUUGUACAGUGAUAAUGUAACUAUUUAUUGUCUUAUUCUAUUGUAUUUAUAUUGUUGGUAAUUUUGAAACUUGACAUUCAUUAUAAUCACAUAUAAUCCAUUCAGACCAUUGAAGAUAAACUUAUGAUGAUGUAAUCAUAUUUAUUAUGUUGUUGAUGUAAUAAGACUAUUGUAAAUCAACAGUAUACAAAUUGUUAUUAGAAAAUAUUAUGAAUCGAUAUAAAUUAUUCUUGUCAUUGUGUAUUGUUUUGUUUUGUUUUAUACGAUGAUGUAUUUGAAGUAAAUAUUUGAUAGUUUAACGAUGAUUUGUGACUAAGUAUCUGACUCGAAUUGGAUUGUAUGCUGAUUGUUUACCUCCAUUUACUUACACCUGUUAGUCUUAAUGGAGCAUAGGCCGCCGACCA